AUGGAUGAAAAAAGCUAUAAAUAUCCAAUAAUUAAAGAUGCAUCUCUGCUCUGCUACCCAAGAUCCAAUUUUCCAAGAUGCAAACACAGAGAUAAUGAGCUGUCAAUCGAUAAUGUAAGGACUAUAAAACACUCUCCGGCUCUGGAGAAGGCCUCACUCAUCCAGAACCCAAAGAACGAGAUGAACUCCUUGGUCUUCCUCCUCUCAGCUCUAUCUUUCGCGGUUCUUGCGAGCAGUCGUGGCUUCUACCAGUGCCAGCCUUGCAGGGGGGAGGAGUGCAACGUGCGGCCGGAAGGUUGCAAGUACGGCAUGGAUAAGGGCCCCUGCGGCUUAUGGAGGUGCAAUUCCGGACCCGGACAGCGGUGCGGCGGGAGAGACAACCACCUCGGCAAGUGCGGCAAUGGCACGACCUGCAAUUGCGGGAUAUGCAGGGGCUGCAGCACCGACAUGUACGAAAUUGUUGACUCAGUAGCAGAUGAAUCCUUUGCUGCACUCGAUGAUACCAAUUUCGUACAUGUCGGUGCUGCAGCCCCUGCAUAUCCCGCAAUUGCAGGUCGUGCCAUUGCCGCACUUGCCGAGGUGGUUGUCCCUCCCGCCGCACCGCUGUCCGGGUCCGGAAUUGCACCUCCAUAUGCCGCAGGGGCCCUUAUCCAUGCCGUACUUGCAACCUUCCGGCCGCACGUUGCACUCCUCCCCCCUGCAAGGCUGGCACUGGUAGAAGCCACGACUGCUCGCAAGAACCGCGAAUGA